GCAUUGGAAGGGAUUUCCUGCAAGGGAUGCGCAGUAGAACCCUAGCGCUGGACAGAGAAAAGCUAACCCUAGCUGGACGCGCUGCCGCCUGGGAUGCGCUGCAAGCCGCCUUGGAAGAGAACACGCAGCACCGGAAGAACCCUAAACCCUCAGGGUAUGGGGGAGGGUUUAUGUGUCAGCCGUCCGAUCAAAAGCAUAUUCUCCUGGGAGAGAUAUUUUACCGUUUAGGGUUUUUGGGGAGAAAAUCGACCGGAGGGAUGAAGAAUGCGUCCUCGUCUUCUCUCCGCUACUGCUGGCGGCACCGGAUUUCCUCGCGGCAUUCUUCGUUUGUAGGUUGGAGUAGAGUAGGAUUGCUCGAUUCUUGCGUCAAUCGCCGGUUUUUGAGGCGCGGGAGCUUCGUCCGGCAAGCGAACGCUGGAUUGUCCUGGCGGGAUAACCAGGCAUUCGCGGAGAGGCGAGCUUACGCGACAUCGGCCAAGAUCAAGCACGGCUUCGUUUGCGAGAAUUGUGGGACGAUUCACGCGAAGUGGCAUGGAUUUUGCAACCAGUGUCGGCAGGCCAAUAGCUUGAAGGAGUUUACAAAUGUAGUGAGUAGUGGGAGCAGUGGAGGAGGAGGAGGAGCUGGGGCGAGGGCAGUGGAAGGAGUGGGAUUGGCCGAUAGAGCCAGUGCCAAUGGUGGGAUUGUAGAGUUUGGAAAGAGGAUGAAUAGGCCUUACUUGGGAGCCAAGGCCGAGCUCAAGCCUCAACGCUUGGCCGAGAUCACAGCGUCCAAAAACCACUUGCAUUGGCGGCUUUCACUGCCUGGGAAGACGGGCUCGGAGAUAGCCAGAGUUCUUGGAGGAGGUCUUGUUCCAGGCUCUCUGAUUCUCGUCAGUGGUGAUCCUGGAGUUGGCAAAAGCACGUUGCUCUUGCAGUUGGCGGAGAUUGUCUCAGUUGGGGCCGAUGAAGCAGCUCCGGUCCUCUACAUUUCUGGGGAGGAGAGCGUUGAGCAAAUCGGAAACAGAGCGGAGCGGCUAAAAAUUGAGUCCAACGAGAUCUUUAUCCUGUCUGCUACAGAUCUUGAUGUUGUUCUUACGUGGAUUCAAGAAAUUGUGCCGCGUGCUGUUGUGCUAGAUUCUAUCCAGACAGUCUAUCUACCAGAUGCUUCUGGAAGUGCAGGAAGUAUUUCUCAGGUCAGAGAAUGCACUUCGGCUUUGCUACGGGUAGCGAAGAAGACAAACACUGCCAUUUUUCUGAUUGGGCAUGUAACGAAAUCUGGAGAAAUAGCGGGGCCACGUACAUUGGAGCACAUGGUUGAUGUUUGUCUUCACUUGGAGGGAGACCGUCUUUUGUCUCAACGGCUUCUAAGAUCACUAAAAAAUCGCUUCGGUUCUACGAAAGAGGUGGGCGUGUUUGAGAUGGUCGACAACGGUUUACGAGCGGUAGAAAAUCCCAGUUUGAUGUUUCUCUCUGAUAGAACUGGGGAGGACAGUAAUGCAUCAGCCACCGUUGGGGUGGCUUUGGAAGGAUCUCGGCCGCUGCUGGUUGAAAUCCAGGCCUUAUGCUCUCCUGCCACUUCACUGCCAAGUAAAAGAACGUUCACUGGAGUGGAUCCAUCUCGAUUCAAUCUGAUUGUUGCCGUCUUACUCAAACAAGCGCGCUUGAGACUUGCAAGACAGGAUAUUUUUGUUAAUGUUGUUGGAGGCUUUCGUUUGGAAGAGCCCGCUACAGAUAUUGCUGUUGCCGUCGCUAUUGCCAGCAGGUACUUUCUCUCGACUAGCUGGGCUCACGAGCUUCGUCUUGCUUGCAGCUAUAUAGAAAGGCCGGUUCCUCGGGACACAGUCUUUGUUGGUGAGCUAGGACUCGGGGGAGAGCUGCGCUUUGUAGCUCAACUCGAAAGGCGACUGUUUGAGGCAUCCAAGCUGGGUUUCAAGAAAUGCAUCGUCCCACAGGGUGCCAAAGGAGUCAAGGUGGACGGGAUGGAGCUUAUUCUUUGCUCGAGCCUCAAGGACGUUCUAGAGAAAGUCUUCAACUACAAGAGCCUGCCCCAGCAGCGAAAGAGUGGAGCCACGGUUCAUUUGGAUGCGUUUCCGGAAGAAGACGGGGUGUGUGGUGAGGUCCAAGUCGGUCAGGACGCUCUUGACGAUGAUCUUGCUAAUGGGUAAUAAGCUUUUGCAUCGUAAAUUUUUUAUCUCACAGGUGUACAUAUAAUUUAGCAAUUUUAAAUGUUCCAAGGCUAGAUCUAGCAAUA